UAAAGUUCGAUUGAAUUAAAGAAGAAAAAAAAAAAGCACGUGUGAUGGCAGCGGCGGGGGAGCCGGUGAGGGAGUGGAGCCGGGAGAAGCUGCAGAGCGAGGAGCUGCCCAAGAAGGACCUCAUCGCCUUCCUGCAGCAGCAUGCCUCCGAAUCGUUUCUUGCAGAACAUAAAUUACUUGGAAACAUAAAAAAUGUGGCGAAAACCGCAAAGAAAGAUCAGCUGAUCGCAGCCUACGAGAAGCUCUUUGAGUCUAAGCGCUUCAAAGGAAAGGACAGCGUGGAUUCCGCGACUAAAAACGUCAAAGAUCUCAAGGUCGAUGAUGGAAAAGCCGGCGAAACGACGGCAGAAGAAGUUGUGGAUGAGGGCCCCCCAAAAUACACCAAGUCCAUUCUGAAAAAGGGGGAUAAAACCAACUUCCCGAAGAAAGGGGACACUGUCCAGUGCUGGUACACCGGGACGCUGGAGGACGGCACCGUGUUCGAUUCCAAUAUCGCUACCAGUGCAAAGAAGAAGAAGGCUACCAAGCCUCUGAGCUUUAAAGUCGGCGUGGGUAAAGUUAUAAGAGGGUGGGAUGAAGCGCUUCUCACGAUGAGCAAAGGAGAAAAAGCCAAACUUGAAAUCCAACCAGAAUGGGCCUAUGGCAAGAAGGGGCAGCCUGAUGCCAAAAUCCCACCCAACGCGAAGCUCUUCUUUGAGGUUGAGCUGGUUGCUAUUGAAUGAAGAGCUUGCAGAAAUUUGCCCUCAAAACUGAAUGUGAAAGCCUUGUUUACAUAGGUGUUGGCAGCAGUUCUGUAAAUAAAGGAGACGUCUUCAGACUUCUGCUGACAGUU